GUCUCCGCCCUCACCUUUGUCAAAAUGUCCAUCACCCAUCUCUACAUCUCCCUCUUCCCCCAAGUCUGGCUCCGAAUAACCUGUAAAUUCCUCCUAAUCCUACAAUUAAUGUUCUGGGCUGGUUUCGUCAUCGCCGCGUUCCUAACAUGUCGGCCUUUCGAAUACCUCUGGAAUAAGAAAUUACCUGGGGGAGGCAAGUGCUUUGAUAUCCAUAUGUUCUGGCUAGGUGGGUCUAUUGCUGCGCUUUUAUUCGACUUGAUGUGCGUCGGCUUGCCGAUGCCGGUGCUAUGGGGAUUGAAGAUGGGGAUUGCGAAGAAGGUCAAGCUCACUGUGAUGUUUGGUCUAGGAUUUUUGAUUGUUGUAAUAACAGCAACCCGCGUCUACUACGUUACCAUCCUCGACUUCAACGACCUAACCUGGUCUUCUCCCCCGGCUGUCAUCUUUACAGUCCUAGAAGCCGCCCUCGCAGUCCUAGCCGGUUGUUUACCGGUCAUGAACCCC